AUGUCUGAAUACCCCCACAUCCUUCUGCGCGCCGAGGAGAAGCCCCUCGAGCAUCGAUCUUUCUCCCCCUCAGUUAUCAAGACUCUUGUCGAUGCUGGGUACCCCGUCUCCGUCGAGCGAUCAUCUACCGACCCCAAGUUCAAGCGUAUCUUCGAGGACUCCGAGUAUGAGAAGGCUGGCGCGCGCCUCGUUAACGAGGGUACCUGGCCCCAGGCGGAGCCCAAGACUUUGAUCCUUGGCCUCAAGGAAAUUCCCGAGGAUGAUUUCCCUCUCAAGAACGACCACAUCUCAUUUGCCCACUGCUACAAGAACCAAGGCGGAUGGCAGAAGGUUCUCGGUCGCUUCCCUCAAGGCGGUAGCGUCUUGUAUGAUUUGGAGUUCCUAGUCGAUGAGCAGGGCCGCCGAGUUUCUGCUUUCGGAUUCCACGCCGGUUUCGCCGGUGCUGCGCUCGGAAUCAAGACCCUCGCCCACCAGCUCCAGGACCCCUCCUCCAAGCUCCCCUCUGUCGAGACAUUUACUGAGGGUCGCGGAUACUACAUGAACGAGGAUGAGCUCGUCAGCCAGAUCAGCGAGGACCUGACCAAGGCUGAGAAGUCUCUCGGCCGCAAGCCCACCGCCCUUGUGCUUGGUGCUCUUGGACGAUGCGGCAAGGGUGCCGUUGACUUGUUCCUCAAGGCGGGUAUGCCCGAUGAGAACAUCACUCGUUGGGACUUGAACGAGACCAAGGACCGAGAUGGUCCUUAUGAGGAGAUCGCCAAGGCUGAUAUCUUCCUCAACGCUAUCUAUCUCUCCAAGCCCAUCCCUCCCUUCAUCAACCAGGAACUCCUUGCCAAGUCCGGCCGCAACCUGGCUGUUGUUAUCGACGUCUCUUGCGAUACCACCAACCCCCACAACCCCAUCCCCAUCUACUCCAUCAACACUACCUUCGAGGAGCCCACUGUCCCUGUCGAGAUCAAGGACGACCAGAACUCACUUCCCCUCUCCGUCAUCAGCAUCGACCACCUCCCCUCAAUGCUGCCCCGUGAGGCCAGUGAGGCUUUUAGCGAGGGUCUCAAGGAGUCUCUCCUCACCCUCAAGGACCGCAAGACCUCUCGAGUGUGGGCUGACGCCGAGAAGCUCUUCAACGAGAAGGUUGCUGAGCUGCCUGAGUCCCUGCGAACCAAGAGAGUUUAA